CGAAGGUUCCGUUUCCUCUGACUCUGAGGUUCAAGCCGAUGCUGCAGCGAGGAGUCGACCUGCUGACGCUCGACGCCUCCUGGGUAAGCUCCGCCUCCUGGUACUUCCUGAACGUGUUUGGACUCCGGAGCAUGUACGGGCUGAUCCUGGGUCAGGACAACGCUGCCGACCAGUCCCGGGUCAUGCAGGACCAGAUGACCGGCGCUGCCAUGGCGAUGCCCCCCGACCCAAACAAAGCCUUCAAGAGCGAGUGGGAGGCGCUGGAGGUUGUGAACCACAAGUGGGCUCUGGAGAACGUGGAGGAGAACCUGAUGAGCCGAGACCUGAACUUUGGACCCCCCUCCACCCCCGCCUCGUCCUAGAACACUGUGGGUCCAUGGAGGGUUCUGGAUCAGCUCUCGUGGGACAGAACAGAAACCCAUAGAUGUGACGGACACUUCGGUUCUGAUUAUUUAUUUUUCUAACAGCAGUUGUUGGGCCCGUUCUGUGCAAAGGUUCUGAUCCGGUCCUCUUGGUCCAGAGGAGUUUUCACUCAAUGUAUAAAAACACGAGUUCUGGAUCAAAACC